AUGGAAGAGUCUCUGUCGAUGGUGAAUCUGUAUGACAGUGUGAAUGGCGGCAGAAACGCCGAUGAGGCUCCGCUGUGUUUGCCGAUUCCGCCGAGGAAGCACCGCAGUUGCGGGCGGCGCGUGAGGGGGUGGCUCAACAUGGAUGUGGCGGACGUGACUGAGCCGCGGACGAUAGCUCUUGGGUGUGAGGCGGCGGCGUGGUCGGGCCGAGGGUACCCAAGCAACGCGAUCAACAACAGGCGCUAUACUCUCUUGACGUUUCUACCGCUCUCUUUGUUUCAUCAGUUCCGGUCGUUUUUUAACAUUUUCUACUUGCUGCUUGCCUUCUCGCAGCUCAUCCCGGCACUGAAGGUUGGGUUUAUCUUCACGUACUUCUCGCCGCUGGUGCUGGUGGUGCUGCUUUCGCUGAUCAAAGACGCCGUGGAUGACAUUCAGCGGUACAGGCGGGACCACGCCGCCAACCAGGAGAAGGUGGAGCGCCUUCUUCCCGACGGCUCAAAGGGUGUUGUGCGGGCGGCCUCCAUUCAAGUAGGGGACCUGUUGCUGCUGCGUCACGGUCAGCGGAUUCCGGCCGACUGUGUCUUGCUGCGCACCUCGGAGGGGAGCGGGACGUGUUUUGUGCGAACAGACCAACUUGACGGUGAAACCGACUGGAAGCUGCGACAUGCCUUGAAAUCGACGCAGCCGCUCGGCAACGAGGCGCUCUGUCGCUUCCGCGCGAACAUACGCUGUGAACCGCUUCAUAAAGACAUCUACAAAUUUGCGGGGAUGUGUGACGUCGCGGGCAUGGAGUCGGAGGCGAUUUCGCUUGAAAAUACGUUGUGGAAAGACUGCGUCGUGGCGUCAGGCACUCUGGUCGCCGCGGUGCUUCACACCGGCGUUGACACGCGUAGCGCGAUGAACUCCAGUAAACCCUCCACAAAGAUGGGUCUGAUAGAAACUGAAUUGAAUGUCGUGGGGGCACUCUGCUUUCUGCUACUCUUUGUCAUCUCAUUUUUCCUUGUCUUCCUGCAGGAGUUUCAGGGGGACUGGGUGGUGAUGUUCCUCCGCUUCCUCAUUCUCAUGUCAGUCAUCAUCCCUAUUUCCAUGCGCGUGAACGUGGACGUGGGGCGCAUGUGGUAUUCGUAUGAGAUGUACCGAGACCCGAAAAUAGCCGGAACCGUUGUUCGCAGCACAAACCUUCCCGAGGAGCUGGGUCGUCUGCAGUUUUUAUUUGCGGAUAAAACAGGGACGCUGACGAAAAAUAAAAUGGAGCUUCGCGUUCUUCAAGUUGGUGCCGACACAGUCUUGAAUUACACUGAGGUGGAUCGCUUUAGAAAGCUUAUGGCCGCGUUUUUUGCCGAGCGACAUGAAGUAGGAAACCCCUACCCUACCGGUGCUGGUAAAGGUGGCGUUGUGCUCUCGCAACGAAGCUUCCUACGCGAUGUCGCAUCUGUGGGGGAGGCGCUUCUGGCACUUGUGCUCUGCCACAACGUGAGUCCAGUGAUGGAGGAUGGCUGCCUAGAGUAUCAGGCGUCUUCACCGGACGAAGUGGCGUUCGUUAAGUUCUGUAGUUCCAUCGGUAUCUCCCUUGUGCAGCGGGAUGUAAACAGUAUGCAAUUUACCACCCCUGGAGGGAGAACGGUGCAGUAUGACAUUCUUAAGGCCUUUCCAUUUACCUCUGAGCGUAAGUGCAUGGGAAUUAUCGUUCGUGAGCGGCGGGAACGUGGCGAGGGGGGGUGCAAGUAUCUGAUGAAGGGGGCGGACACCAAAAUCGCCACUGUUGUACGGCCUUCUGAUUGGUUGUAUGAAAGCUGUCAAGAAUUCUCCCAGGUGGGACUUCGAACGUUAGUAUUUGCCCAGCGGACACUAACAGAAGAGCACCUGGCAAUGUUUUUGGCGAAGUAUAAUGAAGCCAACGCCGAGUUGGGCGAUACACGUUGUAGUUCCUUGGAUGCGGCCAUGUGUCUAAUUGAAAAGGACAUGAAGUUGCUUUGCGUCACGGGUGUGGAGGAUGAGCUGCAAGACGACGUCACGACGUCAAUUGAGACUUUAGGGAUGGCUGGCAUUAAGGUCUGGAUCUUAACGGGUGACAAGGUGGAGACGGCCACCACCAUUGGCCGUUCGACGCGGCUUAUUCCACGCCAGGGCGCGGUGGAGGUCAUGGCGGCUUCUUCCGAAGAAGAGGCUCAGCAGCUUUUAGAUACGCUUCGGCUUCGUUACCUUCCGCUGUCGCACAGGGGCGGCAGCAGCACACCAUGGACGCUUAUUUUGGAUGGCAUCUCGCUUUCCUUUUGCCUGGCAGGGCCCAUGGGCAGAAGCUUUAUUGAGGUGUCCCGAACGGCGUACUCCGUGAUUGUGGCACGUUGUUCGCCUACGCAAAAGGCGACCGUUGUUCACGCCAUGCGCGAGUACUGCGAUAAGACGGUUCGUGUGGCGGCUAUCGGAGAUGGAGGAAAUGAUGUCUCAAUGAUACUUGCUGCCGACGUUGGUAUUGGUGUGGAGGGUGUCGAGGGAAAACAGGCCAGCAUGGCGGCGGACUUUUCCAUCACGAAGUUUGCGCAUUGUGUGCGUCUUAUAAUUUGGCAUGGGCGUAGCUCCUAUCGUCGUACGUGCCGUAUGAGUCAGUUCAUCAUGCACCGGGGUAUGGUGUACUCGGCGGUGCAAGCGUUCUUUUCUCUUCUUUUCGCAGGCACCACCAUGUCCGUUUUUAACGGAUAUCUUCUUAUGGGGUACACCACGAUCUUUACAAUGGCACCCGUCUUUGCGCUGGUCCUCGAUGAGGACAUAAGGGAGGAGGACGUCAGUGAGUUUCCGCAGCAUUACAAGGAGCUCUUAAAGUCUCGGUCCAUGAAUGCACGGUCCUUUCUGCAGUGGGCAUGGAUUUCCUUUUUUCAGGGAGGAAUCACGAUGCUGUUCUCACUUGAGCUCUUCAGCGAGGAGUUAUUUCAGAUCAUGGCAGUCGUCUACACCUCGCUGUUGCUGACGGAGCUCAUCAUCGUGGCCUGCACAGCACAUCUCCGCAUACUUUGGAAGCAGCGUCGAAGGCAUCUUUAUUUGUUCAUCGCCGCUGAAUGUUUUUCCAUUGCUUCCUACUUUGUGGCUGUUUUGGUGCUGCCUGAAACGAUUGACCAAAACUUCUUUUUCUCCUGGGGCUGUUGGUGGCGCGUGUCGGUCAUUACUCUGGUUAUCAUCAUUCCCAUAUACGCCCUACAGCUGCUGAGCACCUACGUUGUGUUUAACCAGAAGCUGGCAUAUUCACUGGUCUGA